AUGUCAGGCGCACGGCAUUGGGAGCAAGACAAGGAGGCCACUGUCUACGUCGGAAACCUCGAUGAACGAGUUUCAGACAGUCUGGUGUGGGAACUGAUGUUGCAAGUUGGGCGCAUCGUCAAUGUCCACUUGCCCAAAGACCGAGUUACACAAUUGCACCAGGGAUAUGGGUUUGUGGAAUUCAUCAGCGAAGAAGACGCCGAUUAUGCGUCGAAGAUCAUGAAUGGAAUUCGCCUGCACGGCAAACCCAUUCGUGUGAACAAGGCGUCGGCCGAUAAGCAGAAGACGGUGGAAAUCGGCGCAGAACUUUUCGUCGGUAAUCUGGAUCCGAUGGUCACCGAACAGAUUCUAUAUGAUACGUUCAGCCGAUUCGGUAAUCUGCUUAAUCUACCCAAAAUUGCUCGCGACGACAACAAUCUCUCCAAAGGCUAUGGCUUCGUUUCUUUCGCCGAUUUCGAGUCUUCAGAUUCAGCCAUUUCCAACAUGAACGGACAGUACCUUAUGAAUAAGCAGGUUUCUGUGCAGUAUGCAUACAAGAAAGAUGGCAAAGGCGAGAGACACGGUGAUGAGGCAGAGCGAAUGCUGGCAUCACAGGCCCGAAAGCACAACGUUGCCCCCACGACCCAGCAGCUUCCACCUCAAGUGCCUCGGCCAGGCCCGGGCGUGGGUAUUGCAGCACCUCCGCCUGUCAUGGCCAAUGGCGAUGGCUCUCGGUCUAUGGGACACAUGCCACCGCAGACACCAGACUUUGGCAUGCCCAUGCCCUAUCAAAACCUCCCUCCUCACCGACCUGUUCCACCUCCCGCACCCUCGCUCAACACCCCGCCCCCUGGACUUCCAGCACGCCCGCCACCGUCGCAAGGUGGGUAUGGUGGCCCGCAGUCUUUCAUACCUCCUGGGUAUGGGCCUCCUGGAUUUGGCCCCCCCCGGAGGUACUCCUCAGUUACCGCCAGGCUUUCAGCCAGGACCUUUGAUCUUACAAAACGGGCAUGA